GCUGCUCCUUCCGCUUUUGUUUUUAGGUUAUUGGGCAGCUGAGCCGAGGGAGAGAUCGCCUGAUAGAUAUCUUAACACAGUAGUCCCAUGGAGACUGAGAACCAGUACGAGGUCGACAUUGGGCAUCUUCUGGCUUUUGAUCCUCAUCAUCAGUUUCCUUCUCUCCCUUCUUCCAGGGAGGAGUUGGUGGAGGAAUGUGUUAGAAAGGGCACGGAACUUGUUCAAGCUAUUGCUGUCAGUCUUUUCAACUUACCUUCAACUGAAGAUGUGGAUGGUCCACUUGUCAAGUUGCCUCCCCCAACAACGAAAUUGCCAAGAGAGAAGCAUUUGCCAAAGCCCAAACCUCCUACAAAAUGGGAAUUGUUUGCCAAAGCGAAAGGUAUAAAGAAACGGAAGAAAGACAAGGUGAUGUGGGAUGAACAAACCAACAAUUGGAAACGCCGUUAUGGAUAUGAUCGUGUUAAUGAUGAUGAAGAUAUACCCAUCAUUGAGGCCAAGAUGACUGAUGAGCCAGGGGAGGAUCCAUUUUCCAGGAGAAAAGCAGAGAAGAAGAAAAGAGUUGACAAACAAGAGAAGAAUCGGUUGCAGAACUUGAAACAAACUGCAAAAGCUGGUGCUUUGCCAAGCCACAUUCAGCUUGCUGCCACAGCGUUGCCCAUAACAGGAACUCAGGCUGCACCAAAGAAAGUUACCAAGGAUGAACUAGGAAAUGUAGCUGGACUAGCUGCAACUGCAACAGCCAGUGGUGGGAAGUUUGACAAGAAGUUGGCAGGAGAAAAGCCUGUUAAAAAGCAAGGAAAACAUCGCAAGUUUCUACCAGUUGUUGAAGGUUCAGGGAUGGGCAGGCAGGAGAAGGAGCAAACGGACAAAGUUCUGAGCAAAAUAAUAUCACAGAAUUCGCAUGAGAUACUUAACCUUGAUAAGGCUGUUUCAAAGUAUACGGUGAAGAAGGAGAAGAAUAGAAAGAAUCAGCUGGGGAAACCUUCUACACCCUCAAGCAAGUUAAAAGCGAAUAGCAAACCUAUGAAAGUGAAGAACAAACCUAAUAAGAAGUUUGUAAAGGGGCCCAAGGCCGGCUCAUCAAAGAAGGGGGGAAAGGCAAAAUCAAAGUAAUAAUUUGCAAAAACCAUUUUGAAUUUUGAUGUUUAUUUAUAGUGAAGCAGAUAUCUACAUGCUAAGGUCAUUACGUUUUGCUGGCAGAGUUUAUUGUUUUCUCAA